AUGGGCAGCAGUGAUGUUCUUCCAGGGACGUGGCCCUGGACGGUCAGCAUCCAGACAAAAGGACAAGGGAAAGUCUACAUCCAUUCCUGCGGAGGUUCGCUCAUUGGCCCCCAAUGGGUCCUCAGUGCAGGUCACUGCUUCCCAAAAGGAAAAGACCAGUACAAGCUUGUCCUUGGCUCCAGCCGGCUCACCAAUCUGGGCCCUGAGACUGAGCAGCGCUUCAUCAGGACGCUGGUGAAACACGAGAGGUACGACAACAAGCUGAAGCAAGGAGAGGUGGUGUAUAGAGACAUUGCCUUGUUGGAGAUGGACGAGCCCGUCAACUGCAGCGACUACAUCCAGCCUGCCUGCCUGCCUGACAAAAGCCUGCCGGUUUUGACGCUCGGCCAUUGCUACGUCAGCGGCUGGGGCGGCCUGCUGCCAAAAAAUUUCAAUCCUCCUGACAUCAUGCAGGAAGCGCCAAUGAAUAUCUUCAGCAGAAAAAAAUGUGGGAACUGGUGGCGCAGGAAGAUCCCUACACAGAACAUCUGUGCCGGACACGAAGAAGGAAAGAUUGCAAUCUGCAAGGGUGACAGAGGAGGCCCCUUGAUGUGCAGGGAAGAGAGGUCUGAGCGCUACUGGGUGAUUGGAGUCUCCAGUUUCGGACCCGUGUACUGUGGCACAGAGAAGGUGCCAAGCGUCUUCAUCUCCACACAGUACUUUCUAGGCUGGAUGGAAAGGAACUCUAAGCUGCAGCUCUCAGCUCCCAGACCCACCCCGCUGCUGGCGCAGGCCACAAAACCGCGCAAACCCAGGACUUCACCUACCACAGCCAGGCCAAAAAAGCACAGGCCUCCCUGGUUAGGGACAGCAACGUUCCAAGCCUUCAUCAACCACAUCCUCAGUGGCCCAGUGGAUAAGUUCAUGGUUGUUUACCUUGAUGAUCUUUUUAACUUCUCUGAAAGCGAGGAACAGCACAUGAGACAUGUGACAGAGGUGCUGUAG